GUCAGCAUCCAACCCAAAUCAAGUCAACAAGCUCAAGGCAGACCAUUGGCAUUUGGGACGGUCUGGUCUUUCUGCAAAUUACAAUACUCAACGAUCCGCUAAAAUGCUGCUCUUAGACUACCAGAACGUUCUGAUACAGUCGGUUCUCACCGAGAGGUUUUCCGGGUUGGUUGCGCCUCAUAUUUCUAACACCUCCUGCUAACCCGGUAUGAAGCGCUCCUCCUGUCAACAUUGACCAGACGGUGUCAGACUUCGACGGUGUCACCUUCCAUAUUUCCACUCCCGAAGCCAAGUCGAAAAUCGUCGUCUCGAUACAGAUCCGAUGUUACAAUGAUCUCUUGAAAUACGGGGCACAACAGGUUCUGGAGCGGGAGUAUGGCCCUUGCGUUAUUGCCCCAGAGGCUGGUUACAAUUUCUCCGUGCAAAUCGAUCUCGAAACUCUGCCAGAGGAUAAAGGUGCGUGUUUGUCUUAUAUCCAGGGCUUUCAACUAACACAACCAAGAGGCACGGGAUGACAUUAUUCGGAGGGUGUCGUUGUUAAAGAGAAAUGCUAUGGCUGCGCCAUUCGAACACGCCUUUGACGAACAUCACAAAUUGGCAGACGAGGCAUCCAAGUUUACAUCAGAAGAAGCACCCCAAGGAGUUCGAGAAGGUGGCGAUGUUAUGGGCAUCCAUUACCGUGACGAAGAAGCAAUCUACAUCAAGGCCAGCCAUGACCGAGUUACCGUCAUCUUCAGUACGAUCUUUCGGGAAGAGACCGACAGAGUAUUCGGCAAGGUAUUCAUUCAAGAAUUCGUUGAUGCAAGGAGGAGAGCUAUCCAGAAUGCCCCACAGGUGCUUUUCAGAACGGAUCCCCCGCUUGAGCUACAGGGUGUACCCGGAGUCAAGGAUAGUGGAAAUGGAGAGAUAGGAUACGUAACUUUCGGUGAGAAUGGUUGGUAUGGCAAGCAAAUCCAAAGCUAACCGUCUCAGUUCUUUUCCCAAGGCAUAUGACCCGUCAAAGGCGCGAGGAGGUUAUAUCUCAUAUUCAAACCUUCCGCGACUAUUUCCAUUAUCACAUCAAAGCCUCAAAGGUAAGCGGAAAUUUGAUAUGGGGAUAGUACGAUGACGCUAAACCCCCUUAACAGGCUUUUAUCCACUCGAGAAUGCGAAGACGCACUGCCGAUUUCCUCCAAGGUAAGAAUUUUCAAGUAUCAAUUAUAUGCAUAACUAACCAUGCAAAGUUCUUCGAAGAGCACGGCCAGAAAACGAGGAAAAGGAGAGAAAGACGGCCAGCGGAAGAACCUUCAAGGUUCAAGGGAGCUAA